AUCGUCUAUCCAUGCCCUGGCGCAGCAGUCGCGCGAGCUGCCACGUAAUGUUGUGUGUGCUGUUUGUCCGUUCUCGAGUUGCUGCAAUUAUAUCGUCCUGUAGGAUUACGUGGAGAUAAGCGAGGUGAUGCGCGAGUUUGCGUCCAUCCGUUUUUAAUUUUAAACGACCCGCGUUGUUGUAAAGUGUGACUGUUAAAGGAACAAAAUGUCACAGUCAAGUGGUUACCAAUAUCCAGUGUAUGCAGAGCCCAAUAAUUCCUUGAAGAAUGAUCCAUCGCCAAUAGUAAAUGGCCAAAAUUCUGCUUCUCAACAAAAUGGUACACCAUCAUCGCAAUCGUCGCGUGACCCGUCCAGGGAGACUUCCAGAGACCCAUCGCCAACUCAAUACCUUCAUAAUCAAUAUCGGCCUCAGUUGCCUCGACCACCAAUGCCACCAAUAAAUGGACCUCCAAGCUCCAAUGCGUUGCCUUUGCUAUCUAGGACGACACAAUUGCAUAAUCCUGUAAAUCCUUACGGAAUUUCUAACCAAUAUGCUGCUAGUGCUCAUUCAAAUGUUGCAGUCAGUACACCUUCGACUGCCUUUGUAUCCCAACCUAAUCAGGAAGUUCAGUAUAGAAACACAAUUCCUUUGAAUCAAAUGCCUUUACUAGCCAAAAACUUGUCAUCAGGCUCUGCUCCUUCGACGUUCACAAAUACUACCGAACCGGAGCUUGCUAAAGUAAACCAAAGUUAUCAAUGGACAACUAAUCCCCUUCCUACUAAUGCUGCACAGGGGACCACAGAUAUUUCUGGAACAUCCAGUAACAUUGAUAAGACUAGUCAAGUCUCUACAGAUCAAACUGCUGGAGUUCAAACAUCUUUUACUGGAUAUAAGACCUUGGUGCAGGGUCAAUGUGACCCUACUUUUCCAUCUUCAGCCAAUGUUAGUCUACCUCCUUCGAAUCUCCGUCAACAUGUGAAUAAAAUUAGGCACAUACAACAAGAUCCAGCGAUUUCCAAUAUACAGUCUCCAAAAACUCAAAAUAUUCAAGCAUCACAACCGAUAAUCGGUGUUUCUGAAAGCUUAAAUAAUCCUCAACUCAAAUAUAGCAGUCAACAGAAUCUAUUCAGUCCAACGUCAACACCAUUGAAUUCUAGCACACCAAACUUAUUCCACGGUUCACAAGGCCAUAAUAUAGAUUCACGGAAUCCUCAAAAUUAUAGUCCUCAACCAUUGAAACCACAGCAGAAUUUACUUACUGGUUACAUGGAUUCUACGGGAUUGGGAAACACUCUUCAAGGUCAGAAUAUACAUCAAAAUUUACCUGGCCAGAGAAGAUAUCCACAACAAGACACUGCCAAUACUACGAUGCUACCUCCAAGAACGACCGCACCGCCUUUGGGAGCUAAUCAAUUACAUGAUGCGAGACCGCCGCCACCAGGAAUGCCGCCUCUUCCGAGUCAACAGCUGUACGAUACUCGUUCACAACAUCCCGGUCCGAUGACGAACGUUCCAUUAGAUUCGUUAAAUAAAAGAUAUCCUAAUAUAUAUCCUGACCAAUUAAAUCAGUUAAAUAAUCAGAUGGGCAAUCUAAACGUUACACAAAGUAGCUACAACAAAUUAUGGGGGAUGGAAGCGGUAGAUCUUUUACAAUGCAGAAAUAUACUGCCACCUGAAAAAGUUGAGCCACCAAAGAUCAGAUUGCAUCAGGAAGUCUUGGAUAAUGUAAACUGUAAUCCUGACAUAUUCAGGUGUACACUGACAAAAGUCCCGGAAUCGAACUCGCUUCUUCAAAAAUCAAGAUUGCCAUUUGGCGUACUAAUACAUCCUUUUAGAGAUCUAAACCAUUUGGCAGUGAUACAGUGCAAUACAAUCGUACGCUGUCGAGCUUGCAGAACAUAUAUCAACCCAUUUGUAUAUUUUGUCGAUUCGAGAAGAUGGAAAUGCAAUCUUUGUUUCAGACUUAAUGAACUUCCUGAAGAAUUUCAAUUUGAUCCUGUGACGAAAUCGUAUGGUGAUCCAGCGCGACGACCAGAAGUCAGAACUGGCACGAUAGAGUUUAUCGCGCCAAGCGAAUAUAUGGUCCGUCCACCUCAGCCUGCUGUUUAUCUUUUUGUCAUGGAUGUUUCUCGUCUCGCAGUGGAAAGUGGCUAUUUGCAGAUUGUCUGUAACACCAUCACUGAAGAAUUAUCGCGUCUCCCCGGCGACAGCCGCACUCAAGUCGGUUUUCUUGCUGUCGAUUCUGCUUUACAUUUCUUCAGCAUGCCUGAUAAUGUAUCGCAACCGCACGAAAUGAUCAUGCUAGAUAUCGAUGACGUAUUCCUGCCAUGUCCAGAGAACCUAAUUGUAAAUCUGAAAGAACGCGAGGAGCUCAUUCGCGAUCUUCUCGCCCAGCUAUCUGUCAAGUUUUGCGGUACUCACGAUACUAACAGCGCUCUCGGCGCUGGUCUUCAAGCUGCUCUAAAACUUCUUUCCGCUACUGGAGGACGCGUCACUGUUUUCCAAACAUGUCUGCCUAAUCUUGGUCCAGGAGCCUUACAGCCCCGGGAAGACCCCAAUGCUAGGGCGAACAAAGAUGUGCCGCAUCUUAAUCCAGCAACAGAUUUUUAUAAAAGAUUUGCUCUGGAUUGCAGUGGACAACAGAUUGCAAUUGAUUUGUUCUUAUUGAAUAGUCAAUACAGCGAUCUGGCAACUUUAUCAUGUAUGUCAAAGUUUACUGGUGGCUGCAUUUACCAUCUGCCACUGUUUCGAGCGUCAAAGUUGCAGAAUAGUGAGACAUUGGAGAGAUUGUUUCGCCGUUAUUUGACCAGAAAGAUCGGCUUCGAGGCGGUAAUGCGGCUUCGCUGUACCCGUGGUCUCAGCAUCCAUGCUUUUCACGGCAGUUUCUUCGUUCGGUCGACCGAUCUUCUCUGUUUACCAAACAUUAAUCCGGAUGCUGGUUUCGGCAUGCAAAUCUCUAUUGACGAGAAUCUCUCCGACGUGCAAAAUGUAUGCUUCCAAGCGUCUCUUCUCUAUACUUCGAGUAAAGGUGAACGAAGGAUUAGAGUACAUACCCUGUGCUUGCCAGUUGUGGCAAGUCUAUCGGAUGUCCUAUAUUCUGCAGAUCAGCAAUGUAUAGUGGGCUUGUUAUCAAAAAUGGCUGUCGAUCGAUCACUUCAGUCGUCUUUAUCAGACGCUAGAGAUGCAUUAAUAAAUGUUGCUAUCGAUGUCUUGUCUGCGUUCCGACUAUCACAAUCUUCCGGCAGCGGAGGACUUAUCGCACCAGGAAGUUUAAAAUUGCUACCAUUGUAUAUUAUCGCGUUGUUGAAAAGUAUAGCGUUCAGAUCCGGCACGAGUACACGUUUGGAUGAUCGUGUAUUCGCCAUGUUUCAAUUGAAGACAUUACCAUUAGCACAACUAAUACAAGUGGUCUUUCCCGAUUUAUAUCCUAUUCAUGCGCUCGAUGAUCGCAAUUCAAAGGACAUUGAUGGCAAAGUGUGUCCACAGCCGCCGCGACUUCAUUUAUCUGCAGAAAAACUCGAUAGCCGAGGCGUCUUUCUUAUGGAUGCUGGUGACAGAAUCUUCAUCUAUAUUGGGAAAAAUAUUAACCCAAUAUUUUGUUCAAAUGUACUCGGAGUUUCGGCAUUCGUGUCUAUCCCGGAAGAAAUGUACGAAUUACCAGAGUUGGAUACAGUAGAAAGCGAACGGUUGCGAAAUUUUAUAUUUAGCUUGCAAGAAGAAAAGCCGUAUUACGUACCUGUACAAAUUAUCAGGGACGACAGUCAUUUUAGGACAUUAUUCAUCGAACGAUUGAUAGAAGAUCGAUUUGAAUCCGCUCUUAGUUAUUACGAGUUCUUGCAACAUCUCAAAACGCAAGUGAAGGAGUGACCAAACUAAGGAAAUUCUUGGGUGAGAUUAAUUUGUGAAAGUGUUAGUUAAUCGAAUCCAUGAAUUACAUGGAAUUAUAAAAAAAAUUGUGCGACGAUAAAGUUGUGUGAUUCAUCACAAUUCAUCGAUUUUGGGUGUCACUUGGGAUAUAUUUGGGACAUAUCACAUGAUUCAAGAUCUAUUUAUGCCAUCUACUUAUGCAGCAGUGAUAGCCUUAUUGAAAGACACUGACGCAUUUAAAUAUGAUAGAUUGUAAUUGUUAUUAUUAUAAUAAUUAUUAUUAUUACAUAUUAUAUAAUUCUUUAUCAUCAAUAACUUCAAUUUACAUUCUAAUUGCGCCACUUGGGUUAAGCAAGAUUUCUCUAUGCUUUAACUCAUAUAUAUCCAGUGAAUGGUAUCCAAUUUUUAUGAUUCGUGUUACAUCUAUACAGCAAUUUUAUUUCAACAAAAUUUUUAUUUCUUCAAUAAGAAAGUUUUCUUUCUCACUAACGGUAUAUAAUUUUCAAUAACGGUAAUUCGUUGAAUAAUAUCAAUAGUGACAAAUAUAAAGCUGUUUAAUAAGAUAUGUUUGUAUAGAAUUUUUUUUAAUUAUAUAUGUUUCUAAAUAUUCUUUCUUUCUCGUUCAUCGAAUUAUCGUUAUUGUCGUGAAUUAAUACGCAAGUGUUCUUAUCUUAAAUACCACACACAUGUACACACACAUCUUCAAAAAAUCGUAAAAAAUAUUAUUUACAAAUGAUUAUACAAAUAUUAUUUAUAAAUAAUUAUACACAAUAGAAAUGGUAUUAAAUAUGUGCAAUUUUGCAUUUUUAAUAUAAGUAGUAAAAUAAACGAAAGUGUGUGUACUUGCAAGACGUGUGUCGCCAAAUGAAAAUAUUUAAUGGUGAUAAACAAUGUACUUUUUGCAAUUUAAUCACCUAUAGGCAAUAAAACGAACAAGAGGAUAGUAACGACUCAUAAAAUAUUAUAUUAUCGGUUGCUGUAUGUCAUUCUUCAGAUAAUGACAGGUUGUUAAUCAC